CUCGCACUCGCUGGCUUGGGCUGAGGCUGGCCGCAUGGAACCCGAACUGGAGCGCGCUCGGACCUCAUCCUGGAGCACCCUUGGGGGACCCGAACAGAAAGAGAUGAGCUUUCUGGAGCAAGGUGGCAGCCUCUUGUGGCCUUCACCAGCCGUGAACACCAGCUCAGAAAGAAUCUCUGGGAAACCUGGGACCAAAACAUCGUUGAGGACAAAGCAGGAGGCUGCAGAGCAGCAGGAGCCGCCAGGUCUGGAGGAAGGUGCCUGGUCCAGGCCAGCUGCUGAGUCCACUGGGCUAGAGGCCACAUUCCCCAAGGCCACACCCUUGGCCCAAGCUGUUCCCUUGGCUGUGGCAGGGAACCCACCCACAGGGUGGGACCUCCCCCCUGCUGAUUGUGCAGCCUCUGCUGUGGGCUCCAGCACAGAUGAUUUGAAGCUCCCCAUGGAGUUUCCAGCCCCAGAAGCCUGGGACUGUGAGCUCAAAGAUCUGGAGGAAGACAGACCUGCCCUGAGCCCUUCCCCACAAGCUCCUUUACUCAGCCUUGGAUGGGACGAUGAGUUGCAGAAGCCAGGGGCGCAGGUCUACAUGUACUUCAUGCAGGAGCACACAUGCUAUGAUGCCAUGGCAACCAGCUCCAAGCUGGUCAUCUUCGACACCACACUAGAGAUCAAGAAGGCCUUCUUUGCCCUGGUGGCCAAUGGCGUUCGGGCAGCCCCUCUAUGGGACAGCAAAAAGCAGAGUUUUGUGGGGAUGCUCACCAUCACAGACUUCAUCCUGGUGCUUCACCGAUACUACAGAUCUCCUCUGGUCCAGAUCUAUGAGAUUGAACAACAUAAGAUAGAGACCUGGAGGGAGAUCUACCUUCAAGGCUGCUUCAAGCCUCUGGUCUCAAUCUCUCCCAAUGACAGCCUGUUCGAAGCCGUGUACUCCCUCAUCAAGAAUCGGAUCCAUCGCCUGCCAGUCCUGGACCCCGUGUCAGGCACGGUGCUCUACAUCCUCACACACAAGCGGCUGCUCAAAUUCCUGCACAUCUUUGGGGCCCUGCUGCCCCAGCCCGCCUUCCUCUGCCGCACUAUCCAAGAUUUGGGCAUUGGCACAUUCCGAGACUUGGCUGUGGUGCUGGAGACGGCGCCCAUCCUGACCGCACUGGACAUCUUUGUGGACCGGCGAGUGUCAGCGCUGCCUGUCAUCAAUGAAUCUGGUCAGGUCGUGGGCCUCUAUUCCCGAUUCGAUGUGAUUCAUCUGGCUGCCCAGCAAACCUACAACCACCUAGAUAUGAGUGUGGGAGAAGCCCUGAGGCAGAGGACACUGUGUCUGGAGGGCGUUCUUUCCUGCCAGCCUCACGAGACCCUGGGGGAAGUCAUUGACAGGAUUGCUCAGGAGCAGGUGCACCGGCUGGUGUUAGUGGAUGAAACCCAACAUCUCUUGGGCGUGGUCUCCCUGUCGGACAUCCUUCAGGCACUGGUGCUCAGCCCUGCUGGCAUCGACGCCCUCAGUGCCUGAGAAUACCCAAGCCCUCACUCCCAGGCCACCUCCACACCUGGAAGUCAAUGAAGGGAGCCGGGGACUCAGCCUUCAUCUUCCCUCACCCCUGUUUGCCAGUUCAGCUCUGGUUCAGGCUUCUCCAGCCCUCCCCAGUCAUCCUUGUCCAGCCUGUACUCCCAGAAGCCCUUGGGCAUGCCCAGUCCACCAUGGGACAAUGACACUAAGGACAGUGGCUGAGUCAAGCCUGGAGACACCUGACCCAGAGGCACUGGGAUUACCCCGGGCCCACUCAAGCUCCAAACUCACUCAUAUUCCCUUCCCCCAACCUGGGUUGACAGUGGUCGCUAGAGUGCAGCGAGCCUGAAGCCCAUGGGUAAAGUCAUGGGCUCCAGAUCUCUCAGCUUCUGGACUACGUUCAGCUCAUCUCCUCAUGCUGGGUGUCCCAGCUGUUCCUUCCCUAGGGCAACCACUGUAGUGGCACUGUCUUCCUACUCUCCUGGCAUGGUCAUUUCAGGGAUGCUGGGGGUCACUGUGGAGCAGCAGUUAUUUCUAGAGCUGCCUGUUGGAGCAGGAUCCUGUCUCCAUUGUUGUCCAGAAAACCUCUUACCUCUCACCAGUGAACAGUGUUCUUUGUCCCCAGUGACUACAGCCUUGUACACAGAUCCUCAAGAAUGAGCAGUCGACAAAACGAAAACGAAAAGAGUAAGACACGAACUUGGAUUUGGCUUCGCUCAAAAUGCUAGACAUUUCACCUGAACUUGUGGCAAGAUCCCUGUGCUUUCUGAAUUCAAAGACAAGAAGGAAAACCCGCAAUUGGCAAACCAGCAAGUGGCUUUUCUUUUGGCACAUACAAUGUUAUUCCACUGAUUUUAAAAUAUCUUUUAUUUAUAACAAAACCACAAAGAAAAUAUUAGCCAAUUACUUAUACAGUACAUAAAACACAGUCCACAAACUCCAAUCUGCAAAAACAUAACUUUAUUUUUCUAACACUGAAUAAAAUUUCU